AUGGACGAGUCGGCGUUGGAGCGUUACUUUGAAGACUCCAUUGCAAACGACUCCAGCUUCAUGCUGGGGGAGGGGCUUGGUCUUCAAAGCCCUGCCCUCAUUUCACAGGACCCCUCCCAAUUGGCACAGGACCCUGCCUACCUUUCAGAGAAGACUGGAGUGAGCGGUGAGGCCGGUGACGAGUUUGAUCUCAGUUUCCUUCCCGAUGAGCUCAGCACGCAGGAGGAACCGAGCCAUGACGUAUCAGGAGAGGAAGGCGGGUCUGCAGCUCUGGACGUGUCUCAGGACAGCGGCGUUGGUGUGGACUACAACUCCCAGGAAUCCAUGACCACCGAGGGCACACAGGAGGCAUCCACAUCAGGAGCGGUGACCAGGGCCUCCCCCUUCUAUCCCAUGACCCCCAUGACCCCUAUGACCCCCGUGACCCCUGUGACAGAGAGGUCAGGAAUCAUCCCGCAGUUACAGAACAUCGUCUCCACGGUGAAUCUGGGCUGUCCGCUGGAUCUGAAGUUCAUCGCCCUGCAGGCCCGAAACGCCGAGUACAACCCAAAGCGCUUCGCUGCGGUCAUCAUGAGGAUCCGCGAGCCGCGAACAACAGCUCUGAUCUUCAGCUCUGGGAAGAUGGUGUGCACAGGAGCCAAGAGUGAGGAGCAGUCGCGCCUGGCGGCCCGGAAAUACGCCCGGGUGGUGCAGAAACUCGGUUUCCCCGCCCGCUUCCUGGAGUUCAAGAUCCAGAACAUGGUGGCCAGCUGUGACGUGUGCUUCCCCAUCAGACUGGAAGGACUGGUUCUGACCCACCAGCAGUUCAGCAGUUACGAGCCGGAACUGUUUCCGGGACUUAUCUACCGGAUGGUGAAGCCUCGAAUCGUCCUGCUCAUCUUUGUGUCGGGGAAGGUGGUUCUGACGGGAGCCAAAGAGCGAGCCGAGAUCUACGAAGCGUUCGAGAACAUUUAUCCGAUCCUGAAGGGCUUCAGGAAGCAGUGAGAACGGCACUUCCUGUUCCUGUGUACAUCUGAUUCGAUAUUUGGGCUAAAUAUGUUUUACUUUGAGUCGCACUGCAGAGUUAUGGGAUGGGAUUUAUUUUAGUCUGUGCUCAAGAUUUCACCAUCCUGAGAAUCUGUUUUCUAAGAGAGUCAUGUGACUUCAGUGUUUUCAUACACACAUUUCAGCUGAAGGAAUAA